CGCCCUCGGUCGCGGCGGCAGGCCUGGGCGCAAAAUGGCGGCGGUGCUCGCUGGCGGCUCCCAGCGGGUGGUGCGGGCGGCGGUGCGGUGCUCGGCGGUUCGCCCGCCCGCCUCGGGCUGCUGGGGCUGCGCGCCUGGAGGGAAGCGGUAUCUGCUAACAGAAGAUGAUAUAAAGUUACAAGAAUUUCAGCAGAUGAAAGUGGCAAUUAGAAAUGAAGUUCAUGGCAAUAAAGAUCCAUAUUUUAAAAGUAUUAAAGAAAAAUUAAAGAAAAAUGGAAUGAUUCUCAAAAAUGAAUUAAAAAAUCUACUGCAUUUAUGUCAGACUUCAUCUGAUGUGGAACUAGCCAGAAAAGUUAUUUACAGGUACCAUGAACAGAAUGGAAUCGCAGCCUUACAUAAUUUUAAAUUUGGGCCCCUCUUUAUGAGGCUAUGUUACGAGCUGGACCUUGAAAGACCUGCAGUAGAACUUAUCAAAGAUCAGAAUUUGCGUGGUUUUUUCUCAGAGAGUACAUCGUUCCAUAUUUUGAUGACUAUGUUGUUUAAAAAGGGCCAUUUUGAAAGUGCUUUGGAAGUCCUGGUAGAAAUGAAAAAACAAGGUAUACCUUUCAACAAAGAAACAUACCUACUUGCAUUUGCAAUAUGCUACAAACUGGACAAUCUGGAGUCUUGCAAAAUCUCUGCAAAACUGCUCGAAGAAGCACAGCUAAAAGGUGACACGUUACCACUGCGAGCGUUCUACUUUGCUGUGGCAACUGCUCUGAAGCAGAAUGAUGUAGCACAAGCCAAAUUUUAUUGUUCCCAGAUAAUAAAAACAGAGAACAAACUAUACAAUAAUCUUAAAGUUCUUGUCCAGCUGAGAUCUGGUUUGCUAGAAGAAGUAAUAAAGACAUUAGAGGCAGCAGUGGAAGUAGAUACUCCUCCCUUUGUGAAAAAAAUCGAGUUUUCUGAGCAGGUGCUGGCUACAGUCAGGGAAAAGAUGGAAGAAAACCCCAACCUUUCUGCCAAAUUAGGAGAUAUUUAUACGAAACUACAAGCUUCAGGACGGAUAACCAUUUGCACUCUGGAAGACAUGCUUUUCCAGAUUCCUAGUUCAAAGAAGACCCCUGCAAAACUUGUAAAUCAGAAACAAUUGGGCUAUCAGGCUGCUAAACCACGUCCGUCAGAUCUGUUGUUGGAAUAGUUCAAUAUUUGAUGGCAAACUGAACUGCUGUUAGCAUCUCUUAGAAGCCAGGUUCAAAUAAAAUGUCUUCCCCCCUCCUCCACAAUGAGCAAUUGUUUAAGUUGUUUGUGUGAAACUGCAUUUUCCAUACAGAUCAUGUAGCUUCCAUGUUUCAGUUUUGAUGCUAAAAACAAGUCGUGAUGGUGGGUAUUUGUGUGUUUUUCAGAAAUGGGGUGAUAGAAUGAUUUGAAGUUUUUCCUCAGGCACUUAAAUCAGGAUUUUCCUAUGCUAAAUGUCCUGAUGGAAGUCAACAAAAUAGUAUGCGGAUCUGACCUGACUUCUGUGGUUCCUGAGAAGAAAAUUCAGUCUUCAUCAGAUGUAAUGUUCUGACUGAAAGGAUAGAUGCAGUCCAGAGUCUAGAUAAAAGAGUAUGGAAGUGCUUUAACUGUUUAUUCAAAUUCUGUACAUCUCAAGAGAAUCAGAGGAAAGCAAGCAUCUUUUGUUCCUUUUAAUAUCUUUUUCUUCAGAAGCAAUGUAUUAAUAUGUUUCUUCAUAUCAAAUGGGAUCAUGGAAAUGCUGUGGGGGGUAGCAGGGUAGCCAACCGGUUGUUUUCUCACUUGAAGGAGAUUCCUGAACGAAAGUCAGAGUCUCAGUGUGAGUGGCCCCACAUAGUGCUUCCUUCAAAGUUUCUGAUGUUAAGCCUCCCAAGAUAAGCAGAUCUUGAUACAAAUUUGCAACCAAGUCCUAAGAAGUUUCUUAGAGCAAGUAUGAUUACUUUUUUAGACUAGAAUUACAUAUCAUCUGCAUAAUUCACUCACACGUACAGCAAGUGAUCACAGAAACAGUACAAAGAAGCUUCACGUUGACCAGCUUUAAUGACUCCAGGUCAAAUGUGCUUGGUUCUAGUAAUAAAAAGCUGUUUGUAACUAUGACUCCUGUAUACCCAAAAAUCUUUUCUCAUUCACCGUCAGGAAUAGAAGGAAUUGGAAACAGGUAUACCUUGGCUGACCCUCAGGUACUUUUGCUUUACUUCUGCAUAUGAAGUGUAUGUACAGAGCUUAGCAGUCCUGUGAGCACAAGACUAGGUGGAGCCCAGCUUGGAUCCAAGUUGGGCCACCUUAUCUCUCCUUUGGCUUCUGUUCUUUCUAUUUUUGUUUUGUCUCUCCCCCUCUCAAGCAAAUGUCAGAACUCAAAGGAUUCUGUGAGUGAAUCUGUGCAUGCUGUAUGAAACUUUGUUGAAGCCAGUUAGUCAUUGAGAAGAAACAAGAACCCAUCCAUGCAGAAACAUCUUUGGCCAUCAGAGCAAAUGUGGCUACAGCAGGUCAGAGGUUUCCGUCUGAGGCUCCAACACUGUAACUCACUUCUGUCACCAGUAUGUCUUGUUAAUACUAAAAUGCACGAAACUGUUACGCAGUGGAUGGAAUUUCAUGCAAGUGCAGAAUAAUUUGAACUUUGUGCAUUUGAAGGUUGUGAUUUUUGCAAAAUAGGUGCACGCUUCUUUAUGAGUUGUUGCAGUGGUUAAAGUACUACAUACAUUAGUCUAAGAACACAGCUAAUUACUUGUUCUGUAAUAUUGUGUAGCACCUAAUUUCACAUGUAAUUCAGGAGUACAGGUUUUUAGCUGUUUUCUUUUUCCUCAGUUGGAAAUUCUUUCAACACUUCCAGUACAAUAUGGACCCUUAAGUAGCUCCCAAUCUUUUCUCCACAAAUAAGUUUGAUACAGGAUUUGUAAAGGCUGCUUGCAGCGUGGCAAAGAUUACUUUCAAAAAAAAUAAAGGAGUGAACUACUCUUCAAUUUUGGUUGGUACUAGCAGCACAACUGUUUUAUGUAAAACUACAUUUUUAUAGGCAACAUAAGAUAGUUUGACCCAUUUAGCCUGUUGGGUAGCAAAUAUAUACGGUCAGUUCUGUUUAAUUUCCUUAUUUGCCAUUUUCAAACUUGCAUUAAUUGCAAGAAGUUGGUUCAUCCUAGGACUGACAUGCGCAUGGUUGGUUGCUUGUUUUAAUCUGAAUUGGUUAGAUUCGUGACUGAAGCUGUGUCUUACCUGCAACUGAAGUAAUGAUAACUUCUAUUACAAUUGUCAAUAUAGCUGAUGUUUUCCAUG